AACAUAUUAAUUCAACUGAGACUGCUCUCAGCUUAUCACUUUCACGCCCAAAACGCCACCGCAAAAUGACGGCGAUAGCGGCGGCGACCACCGCUUUCUCUGCCCUCCAUCUCUCCAGAUCCUCCGCCGUCCUCCCCCGUCUCCACCUCCGCAGAGCCAUCACCUCCUCUCUUUCCUCGACCACCAAAUUCAACAUCACCUUCGCCCUUCCGAAACCCAAACCCCAGCUGCGGAAAACCCCCGGCCCAAACCCGGAGCCGUCGUCGGAUCCGCCCGCGGCACUGAACCCAGGCAACCAGCUGUACAUCCCAUGUACUGUCAAAGACGAAAGUGGCAACGCCACAUCGCCGCCCGAAGGUUUCCUCAAGGCGAUGGCGUUUCAAAGCACGCAGAGAAAGAAGACGAAGAAGAAGGACGAUGAAGGUUCUGGUCGUAAAGCGAAGGCGGCUCCAACGGCUGAGCCGAAGUACUCGAAGGCGGCUCGGAGAUUUUACAACGAGAGAUUCCGGGAGGCUCCACAGCGACUCGCCAAGGUGUUGGCUGCUGCAGGGGUGGCAUCUAGGAGAAGCUGCGAAGAACUGAUUUUUCAAGGUAAAGUGACUGUCAAUGGUUCUGUCUGCAACACACCCCAGACCAAAGUUGACCCUGGAAAAGAUGUUAUAUAUGUUAAUGGAAGCCGGCUGCCUAAGAAACUUCCGUCAAAGGUUUAUCUUGCUCUAAACAAGCCAAAAGGCUAUAUAUGCUCUGCAGGAGAAAAAGAGACAAAAUCUGUGAUGUCUCUUUUUGAUGAUUUUAUGAAGAGUUGGAGUAAAAGAAAUCCUGGAGUACCAAAGCUACGACUUUUUACCAUUGGCCGUCUUGAUGUUGGUACAACUGGGUUGAUUAUUGUGACAAAUGAUGGUGAGUUUGCCAAUAAGGUUUCUCAUCCGUCAUCUAAUUUUACAAAGGAGUAUAUUGCAACUAUUAGUGGUGCAGUCAAAAGGCAACACUUGCUUGUCAUUAGUGAGGGAACUGUUGUUGAAGGUGUUCAUUGUACCCCUGAUUUAGUAGAGUUGCUACCACAACAGCCAGAUAUAAAACGACCCAGGAUUCGGAUUGUGGUGCACGAGGGAAGAAACCAUGAAGUGCGUGAACUUGUAAAAAAUGCUGGGCUGCAGAUUCAUGCACUGAAACGUGUUCGCAUAGGUGGUUUCAGGCUUCCAACUGAUCUCGCGUAAGUUUUUUAUAUGCAUUUGCGAUAUUUUUAUAAUUUAAUGUUUAUGGAUGCUUACCUCUCCAUUAUUUUCUCCCUGAAGAGCUUCACUAAAGGAUAGCUAUAAAGCGCUUCUGUUUUGUCCUCCUUGGGUGUUCGUCUACUCUUAUAACAUUUAAAAAAGCAAGAAGUAAAAAUAAGUUGCACUGAAAGAACAAUCUCAUGAGAGCACGACUGUUGCUUUUUU